AUGGCCGACAAACUGCGCGCGCAGCAACAACUCGAGGCUCUCCAGGCCCGCUACAUCGGUAUCGGAAGCGCAGACACUACCAAGCACGAGUGGACGUCCAACAUCGCGCGCGACUCGCUCUCGAGCUACGUUGGUCACCCGCCUCUUCUACAGUACAUGAGCAUCGGACUGGGACAGCCGCGCGAAAAGACCCGACUACAGUUACUAGAGCGCAUGGUUAGGCCUGUCGGGCCUCCGCCUGAGAACGAAGAUCCAAAGCGAAAGCCGCCUUCCAUCCCCAACACGAAUGCGCGCGAGGCCGGCUCGUGGAUGAAGAGGAACAGAUGGGUACAUGCUGCUUGUCUAGGCUAUCAAAGCCGAUACUAUGAAGUCGUUCAGUAG